GGGGCGCGCAGCCCGGCGGUGCGGAGCGGUGCGGUGCAGAGCGGGCUCCGGCUGCCCCCCCGCUGGGGCAGCCGGCGUGGCGGUUUUGGAGGCUUGCUUGCCGGUUACCACGUGCUGACGCCAUGGCACUGAGGCUCCUGGGAACAGGGUCGUGCUCUCUCAUUAACCUUGGAGUCCUAGUCCUGGUUUUGAUUCUCCCUGCUGAUGCUGGGCUUUCUCAGAAGCAUGUUUCAGACGUUGUCGAUGACAGCAAAGAUAACAUCACCAUUUUCACCCGCAUCCUGGACAGGCUGUUGGAUGGAUAUGACAACCGCCUGAGACCUGGACUGGGAGACAGUGUAACUGAAGUCAAGACAGACAUUUACGUGACGAGUUUCGGCCCUGUCUCGGACACAGAUAUGGAAUACACUAUUGAUGUCUUUUUCCGUCAGUCCUGGAGAGAUGAAAGGCUGAAGUUUGAUGGUCCCAUGAAAAUACUUCCCCUGAACAACCUGCUGGCAAGUAAGAUCUGGACUCCUGAUACUUUCUUCCACAAUGGAAAGAAAUCUGUUGCCCAUAAUAUGACAACACCCAACAAGCUGCUGCGCCUGGUGGACAAUGGCACCCUCCUGUACACCAUGAGGCUAACGAUUCAUGCAGAGUGCCCCAUGCACCUGGAGGACUUCCCAAUGGAUGUGCACGCUUGCCCGCUGAAAUUUGGGAGCUAUGCCUACACAAAGACAGAGGUGAUCUACACCUGGACACUGGGGAAGGAUAAGUCAGUGGAAGUAGCGAAGGGUGGAUCUCGCCUGAACCAGUAUGACCUGCUGGGCCAUGUUGUUGGGACAGAGAUGGUUAGAUCCAGCACAGGGGAGUAUGUCGUCAUGACCACACACUUCCACCUCAAGAGGAAGAUCGGGUACUUUGUGAUCCAGACCUACCUACCCUGCAUUAUGACGGUCAUCCUGUCCCAGGUCUCCUUCUGGCUUAACAGGGAGUCCGUUCCUGCCCGAACGGUGUUUGGUGUCACCACUGUCCUCACCAUGACCACACUAAGCAUCAGCGCAAGAAACUCGUUACCUAAAGUGGCGUACGCGACGGCCAUGGACUGGUUCAUAGCCGUCUGUUACGCCUUUGUGUUUUCUGCGCUGAUCGAAUUUGCCACCGUCAACUACUUCACCAAGCGCAGCUGGGCUUGGGAUGGCAAGAAGGUGCUGGAGGCCCAAGAGAUGAAGAAAAAAGAGCCAGUGGCACUAGCGAAGAAAACCAACAACACCUACAACAUUGUUGGCACCACAUAUGCCCUCAACAUUGCCAAGGACCCUGGCCUGCCCACCAUCUCCAAGAGUGCUGCUGCCACUGCUACUGCCACCAACGUACCCCACAAGAUGCCCCGCAUAGAGGAGAAGCUCCCAGAGAGCAAGAAGACAUACAACAGCGUCAGUAAGGUAGACAAGAUGUCCCGCAUCGUCUUUCCAGUCCUCUUUGCCAUUUUCAACUUAGUCUACUGGGCUACAUAUGUAAACCGGGAGUCAGCUAUCAAGGGAAUGAUCCCCAAACAAUAAAAUUGGUCACACAAACCUUCCAUCAGUGAACACCAUCCAGGCAGGAAUUCUCCAGGGCUUUCUUCUUUCCUGUUUUGUUUAACUAUUAUUGUUCAUUUGAUAUUACUAUUAUUACUAUUAGAUCAUUCUUUUAUAACGUAAACAAAACUGUGAUUUUAAUUUAAUCCCAUAUACUUUAGUUUUGUUUUACUUGUCUCUGACGAUGAAAGGAAAAAAAAAGGAUCAUAACAAGUUGUGCCUCUAACAUUGUGAGUCUGGUGUCACCCAUCUGUCCAAGUCACCCUGUGCUUCCAUCUCUCCUCUGCCACCUCCUACCAUUCCCAUGGUCUGCAUGCCACUGCCAUUCCACGCUUCAUUCUGCUGGGGGCUGCUGCUGUGGUCCACCCCCCUCCUCCUCUUCUGCGAUGGACUGCCCUAGCAUGGUGGAAGCUCCUGGUGGCCUGGGCUCAAGGAUGUGGAGGCCUCUGGAGUCAGUCAGUUAAUCAGGCUGUUUUUCAGUGCCUGGUGCUUUGUGCUAGGUGGUACUCCCCAGGCUGUGGAUGCAGGUGAGGGGGUCUGUUGAGGGAGCAGUGCGGCAUGGGCCAGCUUGUAGCCCAAUGUCUGCUGGGGGCAAACCCAUCACUGCUGUGGUCAAUGGAGCCAUUGCAGGGGUAGAACAGGGUGGCAGCAUCUUGUAGGUACCUACAGGGCUUCUUCCUCUCUGUCUUCAGCAAACCCAGCUGUUAAUUUCCUCUCUGUCUCUCCCCAGACAAGAAGAGGUCUUGUCUGUCUGCCAUCCUGCAUUCUUCGGCAAUUCAUGUUAGAAGUUGGGGUGGUUCCUACCAGAGAAAUAAUUUUUCUCAGGGUCAGUCAAGAAGUCAAGACAGGAGCUUUAUAAUGCCUUGGAGGAGAUAGUAGCUGUGAGGCCACAUACAUUCAGCAUCAGGACUGGAAGCCAUAUAGUUCAUGCUCAGAUGGGUGCUUUAUCACUUUAUCUUGGCCCUAUCAACUUAUCCUUCUUGGCAUCUCCUCUCUGUCCCAGCCCUUUCUUCCAGCUCCCCAUUCAUCUUCCUUUGGCUACUCAGCAGCCAUCAGUAGUAUCUCACUGCUCACAGGUGGACUUAGGCAGAGAAGCCCCUACCUCUCAGGUAAGCCACAGUGACGGGAAGAAGCACAGCCCAGGGAAGCUCAGGUCAUGGCGCAUCUCUGCUCUGGCUCACCAGAGCAGCAGUGGUGUUGGUUCAGGCCAGGUCAGGUGCAGGCUGUUUCCCAUGGGACACACCAGGGACCACUCUGCCACCUGUGGGAGUGAGUCAGGGGACAGUCAGUCCCCAGGUACCUCCCUGCCCUUGGUGAGCAGAUGCAGCUAAGCAUCCUCAGCACCAUGGGAGAACAGCAGAAGGUGCUUUUUAAAGCAGAAGGGUGAUACCGCUGUCCCAGAGAGCCAUGUGAGCCAUGUGCCAUCCCACAGAGCCAUUAGGAUAAGACCCAACUCUAACACCUACACACUCUUCCAAGGAAACUCCUCCAGUGCCUUGGAGAGAGGCUUUUUCUCCCUUCCUAGCCACCAGUCAAGGGCCCAAAUCAGUGGUUGUCCCAUUCCAAGCAGCAGCACAAGAUGGUGGCGUCCAAGCCAUCUGUCCCCUCUCCCUGGUGCCUGGAGCCAUGGACACACUGUCCUGCCACAGGACGGGCAUCCUGUGCCUGGUGAGUUCCUAUCCCCAGCCCAUGGGCAGCACUGAUCCUGCCAGCAGCCCUGCUCCCAGGGAGCCAGAUGCACCUACUCUUUUCUGGGCCUCCCUUUGACCCUCCAGCUGCCCCCCCGAGCUGCCUGCAGCACAUUUCCAGUGCAUGCAGCCAGGCCAAGGCCCCAGCACCCCCAGGUGAUGUCUUCAGCAUUGCUUUGAGCCACUGUGCUGAGUUCAGUUUCCUCCUGCCCAUGCAGGAGCUAGGCUGAGCACAAAGCACAGGAUUUGCCCCACCUGGAAUAUCCAUGGGGACACCAGGACAGAGCGGAGAAGACGUGGGCACUUUGUCCUGCAGUGUGGGUGGCAUUGGUGCGUGUCUUGCCUGUCCCUUACCAAUCUUGCUGGCUCAACAGCAGUGCAGUUGCUCCCUCUGCCUACAGCUGCAGUGAGGAGAGGCACUGGGAGACAUUUAGCUCAGCCCCCACUGCGUUCAGUCCACGAGCGCAUCCACACCAGCGCGCAGCAUCAAGCAUGAGAUAGCAAUGCUCCCCUGCCCCAAGCUGAUGCUAAGGAAACCAGCUCUCUCCCCAUCCUCCCUCCCAGCAUCUGCACCCAAACCACCCAUGACAUUUCUACAGUGCCUUUCAUCCCAGAGGGCUCCCCGCUGGGUGGCAAGGAGGGGAAAGCCUGGGAGGUCUCCCCCUUUGCACCCAGCAUCAGGUUGGAGAAGCAGAGGGAGGGGACACCAUCCUUAGCCCUUCUGCCAGGAAGGGGGAACAUCCUGGCUGGUUUUGCACCUGGGGCACCCGGUUCCUCCUGGCACUAGCUGGCUGCUGCUGCUGCAGCCACCCCACACCAACAACCCGGCUGCCCCAGCACUGCCCCACUGCACCCCUCACCACCAAGGUCCCCUAUUCUUCCUCCACACCAGCACUGUCCCCUCCAGCAGCGAGUGCCAUUACUGCUGCCCUUCUGCUCCCCAGGCUUUCCAGAGAAAAGUGCUAUGCUAACUGGUUGUGAGGCUGUUUGUUUUGGAAACUACUUGGAUGUCAUUUUCUUAAAUAAGCUAGAUGAAGUGUAUCUCAUAAAACAUUCAUGUCACUAUAAUACUCAGGCCUAAGUGAAUGGAAUAGAAACCCUGUAAAAAGCAAAACAAACACAAUAAAAUGGUAACAACAAGUAUAUUUUGUUUACUAACAGAAUUACACAGACUCACAGAAUGGUAGGAGUUGGAAGGGACCUCUGGAGAUCAUCUUGUCUAAUCCCCCUGCUUGAGCAGGCACACCCAAAGCAGGGGGCACAGGACCGUGUCAAGGUGGUGUUUGAAUAUCUCCAGAGAAGCAGGCUCCACAGCCUCCCUGGGCAGCCUGUUCCACUGCUCUGGCACCCGCACAGGAAAGGAGUUUUUCUUCAUAUUCAGGUGGAACUUCCUCUGUUCCAGUUUUUGCCCAUUGUCCCUUGUCCUCUCAUUGGGCACCACUCAAAGAAGUAUGGCCCCAUCCUCUUGCAACCCACCCUUUAGAUAUUUGUAAGUAUUGAUGAGAUCCCCCCUCAUUCUUCUCUUCUCCAGGCUGAACAAUCCCAGGUCCCUCAGCCUUUCCUCAUAAGAGAGGUGCUCCAGCCCCCUGAUCAUCUUCGUAGCUCUCCGCUGGACUUGCUCAAGCAGUUCCCUGUCUUUCUUGAACUGGGGAGCCCAAAACUAGACACAGUACUCCAGAUCUGGCCUUACUAGGGCAGAGUAGAUGGGGAGGAUAACCUCUCUCGACCUGCUGCCACACUCCUUUUAAUGCACCCCAGGACACCUUCUUAACCACAAGGGCACAGUGCUGGCUCAGGGUCACCUGCUGCCCAUCAGCACUCCCUGGUCCUUCUUAGCAGAGCUGCUUUCCAGCAGGUCAGCCCCCAGCCUGUCCUGGUGCAGGGGGUUGUUCGUCCCCAGGUGCGGGACCUUGCACUUGCUUUUGUUGAAUUUCAUCAGGUUCCCCUGGGCCCAGCUCUCCAGCCUGUCCAGGUCUUGCUGGAUGGCAGCACAGCCUUCUGGUGUAUCAGCCACUCCUCCCAGCUUUGUAUCGUCAGCAAACUCACUGAGGUUACACUCUGUGCCCUUGCCCAGGUCAUUGAUGACUAUGUUCAACAGGACUGGACCCAGCCCAGACCCCUGGGGAGCACCGCUAGUGACAGGCCUCCAACCAGACUCUGUGCCGUUGAUCACAACUCUCUGAGUUCUAUGGUUGAGCCAGUUCUCAAUCCACUUAACUAUCUACUCAUCUAAACCACACUUCCUAAGCUUACCUAUGAGGAUGUUACGGGACACAGUGUCCAAAGCCUUGCUGAAGCUUCAUCUAUCCAGCCACUCAUGCCAUCAUAGAAGGCUAUCAUAUUGGUCAAGCAUGAUCUCCCCUGAAUUACAUUAAAGGCAAGUUUAAAUAUGGGAUUCAGUGACGUAGCUGACUAGAGCUGGCCCCAGCACAGAGGUGGUCUCCUCUGCUAGCCUGGGCAUUCCCCAAAAUCCCCUCUACCCUGAGGGCCCUGUCCUACCACACAUUGCCUCACUACAUGUUCCUGUGUCUGCUCGUGCCUGCUUCACAGAGCUCACCAUAAAUUGUCAGGUCUUACCAUUGGCUUCUCAGCGGCCCGAGCACCUGCAGGCGCUGCCUCUGCUGCCCACCCUGGGCCUCACAUGCUCAGUGUGGCAGGGUGAUGCUCAAGGUGCCAGGCCUGAGCCUCUCUGGAGCGCUGGGCACAGCAUCAGGGCAGCAUCUGAGCCUCUUCCCUUCCUGCGGGUGAUCCGAUGUCUUGCUGAACUGUCAGAGUGAAUCUCCUGCCUGUCUCUUCCCCCAGUCCUUCCGUCCCUGCGACACCGAGACUCUUGUCCUUCCCCAGGACACAGCCCACCAAUCUGGCUUGCUGGUGACACCCGUCUGCCGGAUUAUCUUUGCUCUUCCUGACUCCAAAAACUUUGCUCUCUGCCUGAUAAAAGGCUGCCUUCCUGGAUCUGUGUUAGCACGCCUUGAAAGCCAAGUCUAUUCCCACCAAAGCCUGGCACUGGCUUUGAGUCUUUUUGCCAGCUGGAAGCAGAAAUACCUGCAUCCUUUGGUUAAAAACAAACCAAACAGGAUUUGUAGUUUGGUUUCCAAGCAGGGAAGCAUUUUGGGAAGAUAGUUAUAAAUAAGUGGUUUAACAUCUCCUGCCAGCAGACAUGACAGAGAAGAUAAUGUGUUGUUUUUUUUUUUAAAUCUGCCAGUGGCUCAAAUUGGGACAUUUCCUUCCCGACUAACAGGAGGCUGCUGAUGGGGGCUUCUUCUAAGGGCACGCCAAGCCAGAGCUAACCUAGCAUCAGUUACUGGGGUUUACUGCUUGCUGUGAUAGUAUCUAAGGGCUCCCUUUUUAUAAUUGAUCCUGUAUAUGAAUAGAUCUGUACAUGGCCAUUGAUAGUCUAAUCCAAACUGUACAGAGAGUGGUCACUCCAGUUCUCUGUGAACCUCAAUACUGCAAUAUUUAUUUUCUUCUGGCAAGGCCCAAAGCCUCCCUGACUUGAUGAGAGUCUUCCAGGCAGGAAUUAGAAGUCUUCAAGGAUAAUAAAAAUGAUCUGUUCAGUCCAUGCUCCUGUUUUGCCACUUGCACCACUGCAACACACAAAAUGCAGUCCAAGCCUACAGCCGCAUUUCUCCUGAAGAUGUCAGAGGGACAUUUUAGCACUGGCAGCUUGCUUCUUCCCCCCUCUGAAACCACACAUGGGCAAAAGCAGUGCAGCUUUUGGGAGCUCUGCACCCCAGGGAGGUGGGGGACAGUUUGGCUGAGGUUCUCCAACCGGGCAGGGAAGGAAGCGUGUGGUGGCUGCAAGUGCUGUAUUAGCACUGUGAUGUUUCCACGGGGUGACAUGAGAGGGAUGGGGGAGAAGUGGUCCCUUGGUGCCACCCAUUCUUCUACAGGGCUGAUGGAGUUACCCCCAUACGAUGUCUCAAAAGUUUCUUGAACAUCACCAAGCAAGACUGUGACACCCGAGACAGAGCUUCCCGGUUCUCCUCUGUACACCGAGCUCAACAUAAGCAAAGCUGGCUUUGCCACUCCCUAGGUUUUACAGACAAGUGCUGUGGCAAACACAGCUCACCGCCAUCCUGAUCCCCACCAGCUCGGUGGCACUGGCAGGGUCCUAGUUCAUUUGCUGCAGGACAUCCCCUGUGCAAACAGAUCCCAUGUUUGCUGUUCCCAGACACAAGCCAUGCAUGCAAACAAGAUUAUGACCGGUCUGUUACUACAACCCUGUCGUAUGGACACAAGGUGCAUUCAUUUCUCAUCUGCUGCCUUGAUUUUUCCUGUCCAUAUCUUGGAUUCCUUUCUGCCAUCCCUUGGGGAGGAUUAUAGGGCUGCAUCACAUAGCAGGAAGGGGUUUCUCUUGCUCCAGAUCACCUCGCACAGGAAGACUCUCUGUUCUGCUGAGAACCUCUCUGAGACGUUCAGAAACCUGGUCCUGAUACCUCUGCCAAAGGGUGCUGUAGAAAUCGCCUCUUUGAAGUGUUCUUUGCAGCUGCUAGAAGAACAGAGCAGUUAAACACACUGUUGUUAAAGGAAGGCUCACAGACAAAGGUGAGUGGCUAUUGAGGACAGGUACCGCGCUAUCCCAGGGCAUGCCAUGAGCAGGAGAGGACCAGGUAGCUCCCCAUGGCUCACUUGGGGAACAGUUUGGCAGGGACAUGCUGUUGCCCCACUUCCAUGUGCCUGGUCCUGGGGGUGCUGGAGAGCCAGCAUGGGACCAUGGGACUGGACCAUUUCAGCACGCAGCAUCAGGCCAGCCCUUGCUCCAGGCCCUCUUCCCCACAUUGUAUGCCUCUCUGGGGCCACACUUUAACCCACCCAAUCAAAUAUCUGUAUGGUUUUUGUAGACUGCCUCCUUGGUGGCUGUUGGAGGUGGGGAGGGCUCAGCAAGGGCAAGGGACACAUUCAUGAAAAUAUAAAUGGCCUAUUAAUGUCAAAGUACAGAGAAAAAAAACAAACAAUUCACCAAUCAUCUCUUCAUAUCAAGCUAAACUACUCCUGAAGGCAUUUUUGGCAAGAGGCCACAACACAGAUGAGAUUGAUGGCUUCCAGGUAUAAAUAUUUACUGUUUGACCUUGUUAUUGUUCAGUCAGCCAAAGGUUUUUACAUAUAUAUGUGAGUGCGCAUAUCUAUAUUUAUGCUCACAAACUUUUUAUAUCUAAAAGUCAAACCUCUUUCUCUUUGAAAGAGAAAAUGGCCACUUUCAAUUAUUUUACUUCCUGCUCGUUCUCUUUGCUAAAUCUUCUGGAAGGUGGUACUUCCCUUCCACUGGUCCUCAGAUGGCUUUGGGAGGUCAGGGAACAAAGGGAGCAAGGGAGAAGAGCCUCUCUCCACACUGGGGUCUCAGUGCAGGCUUGCUGCCCAGACCAAGGUCACCUCUGCCAGCCCUACUCAGUACCUUUCAGGAAAACCUAGUCCCAGAUGUCACAACUUCUCUAACACAGCUCUUAACCUCCCCCAGACACUAGGAUCUUCCCAGGAAGGCAGCAUGGCUUUUCAACAGCUGAAUGCCAUAAGCAAUCAGUCCUCACGCCGUAGCACAGCCAGGGAAUGCGUAGCUGAGCAUUGCAAAGGGGGGCGAGGCCUCCAUCCUAAGCCUGCUUCAGGAGGGAGCACAAAACUUGGUGGGAUCCAUUGGCCAGAGGAACAGCACAGGUAAGGGCUGCACUUCAGCUUAAGCUCUUCUGCAAAGCAAAGGGAAGCACUGGCACUUGGUCACUGCUUGUUGCUCAUCUAGGUGGGAUGUUUUGAUAGGUGACUCUGCAAAUUAUGGAAGGGGUCAGCAAAAGCAUAGGCCUUUGCUGCCACUGUGUCCUGGACCCAAACCUGAUCCACCUCAGCACGAGCAGGACCAAAGUCAGAUGCUGGGUGGGCCAUGAGCAGUGGCACCAUGGUAAGUGAGCAGUGUGCAACUCCUAGCAAUGGUACUACAGACAGAGCGUCAGCUCCCUUAAUGUCACCCCUUCAUCUUGCCCUGUCUUAGGAGGAAUGUUUAGGCAGUCACCCUGCAACUGUGCUCAUGGCUCCUAUAUUCCCUCCUCUGCUGCUGGAGAAAGGCUCUUGGGGUCAGCGGUGACUGCUGCAUGUACCUUGUGGUGUCCCAGCUAUAAGAAUGAAGGAUGUCACCACCCAUAAGCAAACAAAACCAAUUCUCUUUCUGGAUCUAUGCCUGCCUCAAACCACAGGAAUCUGAGCUGCUUUAAACAGCAGAGAGCCUUAGGCUUGGAUUAGUCCUAAUGUCUGACCUCUCAUCCUUCACCACAAGCAGGGUUAUGCUGGUUUUUGCUCAUGAAGCUCUAGGACAAAAUACGAUGUUCUAGCUACUCUUUCCUAUUCCUCACUGUCACAGUCCCCACCAGUGCAGAUCUAUUCUGUACAGAGCUUUAAUGGUCCCAUCUGCCUAGAGAGGAAAGCCUGGUCCCAGGUUUUCUACAUGAGCCAGGAUGCUCCCAGUCUUUGAAAGCUCUUUGCUCUUCUCUUUACUGCUGCUUGAAGGUCCUGUCAACUUGAUAAGUCCAUUGGCUCAUGUUACACUGCUAGCAGCACUCUGUUUCCCCUGAAAAGUCUGUCGAUUUUUCCUGACUUUUUGCUUUUGCAGGGAACCCAGCAAACAUAAUGGCAAUCAUACAUCGAACAAUUUGAUUUUUGCAACCACAAAAAAGUAGGGGCAGAGUUGGGAAACCUGAGUCAUUGCCUUUUCAAGGCUGUAUUUAGAGUUGAAGGGCUCCUCUCCAUUGUCAUGAGGGAAUUUCUCAGCCCACCAAAUCUAGUCAGGUGGCCACAAGUAUCCUUUCAUCAACUAGAUUUUCACUGCCCAGUGACUUGGGGAUAGCCGCAGGCGAAUGUCCCAUCUGAUGGUGAGGACACCUGCUGCUUCUUUAUCUACUGCCCUGGUGCCCAGGGUAGGGAAAGUUGCAUUAGCUUCACACUAGGGCAGCCCAUCAUGGGAAAGAGCACACCGCAACAAAUUGCCAGAGGAUACUCUCAUUUUCACUGCCUGAGGUUCAAUCUGUGCCCCGGUACAUAUUCUGCUUUGUUUUCCAUCUUGUGAGACUCUCUUUACUCCACUAUGAGAAAGAAUCUAGCUGGCAGCAGUAUAAUGCAUGACAAUCCUGUUAUUACAGCUGUAAAUAAUUAACAACUAGGGAAAAAAAUGCAUUUUUAAAUUUUUUUGUUGACUUUAUUUUCUCUAUUGACUAGCUAGUAGCCACUUUCUUAAGGGAUUUCUCACGGAAACUGUGAUCUUUCUUCUCUCUAUUUCUCUCUCUCUCUUCCUUUCUCUUUCUGAGAUUUGUGUUUCAAAUGCUUUUUAGUGCAAUGUUCAAUGCCUGUUUGUAUUUUUGAAUCGUAUUUUUCAACCUUUGCCAGAAAAAAAAAUGCCCAUUCUAAUUGGCAGGAUUUUGAGUCCUGCAAUUUUUUUCAGCUUUUAGCUUUUUCAGUAAGUUAAAGCAACAGAAAAAUGUCUCAAAAAUUACAGUGAAGUUCUGAAGAGAGAUUAGAAAACAUCUGAAACAAGAACUACAUGAAUAAGAUCAGCAAGCUGAGUGAAGGAGGAGGACUCUCCUGAUCACUUACUAAACUCCUGAUCUAACACACAAGGCGAGACUAGACCUCUUCACUGAAUUAAAUCACUUCGCUUAUCCACUCUACCCACUCUCUCGAACUCCAAUCAAAACAAAUAAAAAUUCAUAUUUUAAAAAAACCAA